AUGGAUCCGUGCUCUUUCGUACGGAUCAUAGUCGGAAACUUGGCCGUUCGUUUUCCGGCGUCGUCUUCGUAUUCUUCAUCGGGACCGUCCGUUUCCGGAAACCACUCGUCCACGGUAUCGGCUCCUGAUUGCUACUGCAAAAUCAGAUUCAAGAGUUUCCCUCGCCAGUUCGUUUCCGUUCCGGUUAUGUUCCGAACCGAACCCGAAUCCGAGACUCGGUGCUCCGGUAACGUCUCCACCGUCGCCGCUUGCUUCAGUCUAAGCAAAACUCAGAUCGAGGCGUCCCUUAAGAAACCUAAGUGGAGUGUCCUCUCCGUAGAGACUUACUCCCGCGGAAACAGCGACGGUGACGGCGCCUCGUGUGGACUCGCUCCGGGGAGCGACAAGCUGCUCGGUCGAUUCGAAGUUUCGGUGGAUUUGAAAUCGGCGGAGACGAAGACGUGUUUGCCGCACAACGGAUGGGUUGCGUUGGGAUCUAAGAAAAUGGGAAAAUCGAGGAACAAGGCUGGUUCUGAUCCGGAGCUCCACGUUAGCGUACGGGUCGAACCUGACCCGAGAUUCGUGUUUCAAUUCGACGGCGAGCCAGAGUGCAGCCCUCAGGUUUUCCAAGUUCAGGGUAACACAAAACAAGCCGUCUUCACCUGCAAGUUUGGCGCCAGGAACUCCAACUCCGGCGAUCGGAAUCUUAUUCACAGUUCUUCGAUGAUGUCCGAGUUAAUCUCAACGAGAAGUUGCAUAUCAUCGAUGAAAUCGGAAAAAGAACAAGCGUCGAAAGAGAGAAAAGGUUGGUCCAUAACGGUCCAUGAUCUCUCUGGCUCACCAGUAGCAAUGGCCUCUAUGGUCACACCUUUCGUGCCUUCUCCCGGUUCGAACCGCGUGACGCGUUCGAGUCCAGGCGCUUGGCUCAUUCUUCGACCCAACGGUUGCACGUGGAAGCCAUGGGGACGACUAGAGGCAUGGCGCGAGGCCGGUUACUCCGACACGCUUGGUUACCGUUUCGAGCUCUUCCAAGACGGCAUCGCCACCGCCGUUUCCGCGUCGUCGUCCGUCAGCUUGAAAAAUGGCGGGAGUUUCGUGAUCGAUGUCACGGGCGGGACCAGCACGGCGGCUUCUACACCUACAACGAGUCCUCAAGGAAGCUGGGAUCUCGGAUCCGGAUCUAGCUCCGGGUCGAGACCGGCAUCUAGACCAGGAUCGGGAUCCGGGUCGGAUUUCGGAUAUCUACUGCCGCAACAUCCGUCGUCGUCGGCAGCGCAAAACAGAGGGUUUGUGAUGUCGGCUACGGUGGAAGGCGUGGGGAAACGGAGCAAGCCGGAGGUAGAGGUGGGUGUGACUCACGUGACAUGCACAGAGGAUGCAGCAGCACACGUGGCGUUAGCUGCGGCGGUGGAUCUGAGUUUGGACGCUUGCAGGCUGUUUUCUCAUAAGCUAAGGAAAGAGCUGCGACAGCAAAGCCAGCUUGGUGUCGUUUGA